UAUAUAUAUAAUGGUCCUCCACUGCAUAAUUUCAUUUAGUUUUCCCCCUAGUGGGUUACUCAUUUUUCCUACCCUUCAUUACUAGGGCUUUUAGUAACAACUAAUCCAUCUCUUUUUGUAUAUAUCAAUUAUCUCAACAUACAUUAUUUCUUUAGAGAUAGAAAUCAUGAAAGCCAUGAAGAAACGACACGUCGUAAUCAAGAAAACAAACAACUCCAACAAAACUGCAACUACUGCACCGGUGAUUCGGACGGUGUAUUACGGACAAUGCUUAAAGAACCAUGCAGCUAGCAUUGGUCGGUACGCCGUGGAUGGUUGCAGGGAGUUCAUGGCUAACGGAGAUGAAGGUACGAGAGGCGCAUUCACGUGCGCCGCCUGUGGAUGUCACCGGAAUUUCCACCGGAGAGAUGUAGAUGAGGUCGCUUGUGAGUGUUCUUCAACUUCUGACAGUUAAGGAAUUGGUUGAUGAAAUUGCAAAGAUAUUAUUAAUUCAAUUAAUACUUUUGAGAUUU